UGUUUCACCGGGGCAUCAAUGAUCGCUGCACUAGAAUUUCGCCAAGUCACGGAAGAAAACGUUGCCUUUCAAGAGUUGCCGGUUUAACAAUUGAUAUAAGUUAUUGUAUUCCUGUAUCGUGAAUGCGGCUAAUAAGACAUCCAACAGAUGACCAGUCGUCAGGAAGAACCUCCCCCUCAGUUGCAGGGGGGGAGCUCCACUUUGAAGCAGGAGGAUCCACAGCCCCCCCACAUUAAAGAGGAAGAGGAGGAAUGUUGGACCACUCAGGAGGGAGAGUGUCUUCUAGGGCAGGAGGAGGAUGAUCUCACCAAGUUUCCACUGACUGUUGUCUCUGUGAAGACUGAAGAGCAUGAAGACAAACCACCUGAGUCCUCACAGCUUCAUCACAGUCCAAAUGUCCAGCAGCUGAUUGGUCGCCAAGAAGAACGUGGUCCUCAGCCGCCGAGUGGAAGCGCCGCUUUGAAGCAGGAGGAUCCACAGCCCCUCCGCAUUAAAGAGGAAGGGGAGGAACUGUGGAUCACUCAGGAGGGAGAGUGUCUUCUAGGGCAGGAGGAGGCUGAUCUCACAGAGUUUCCGCUGACUGUUGUCUCUAUGAAGACUGAAGAGCAUGAAGACAAACCACCUGAGUCUUCAGAAAGCCGAGGGGCGGAGCCUCCAAGCAGCAGCUCAACACAACACAUGACAACAGAAGCUGAUGGAGACCACUGUGGAGGAUCACAAGCAGACAAGCUCUUGGCUCCACUAUCAGAUAGUGAGGACAUAACGUCACACUCCUCUCAGGAUGAAGACGGGGCCAACAUCCAAGAGCCUUUGAGCAGCGACACAGAUUGGGAAGGUGACAUGUGGACUCACACAGACAACGGACAAUCUAAAUACUCUCAAAAGAGGACUCGUAAAAAACAUUUGGCCUGCUCAGUUUGUCCGAAAAAGUUUCCCUCAAAAAGUGAGUUGACUCGACACGUGAGAACGCAUACGGGAGAAAAACCUUUUAAUUGCUCAGUUUGCGGUAAAGGGUUCUCUCAGAAAGGAACAAUUAAAUUACACAUGAGAACACACACAAGAGAGGAUAACAUGAGGACUCACACUGAUGACGAACCCUCCGAAUGCUCUCAAAAGAAAACCGAUGUCCAGCAGCUGAUUGGUCGCCAAGAAGAACGUGGUCCUCAGCCGCCGAGUGGAAGCGCCGCUUUGAAGCAGGAGGAUCCACAGCCCCCCCACAUUAAAGAGGAAGGGGAGGAACUGUGGAUCACUCAGGAGGGAGAGUGUCUUCUAGGGCAGGAGGAGGCUGAUCUCACCGAGUUUCCAUUGACUGUUGUCUCUGUGAAGACUGAAGAGCAUGAAGACAAACCACCUGAGUCCUCAGAAAGCCGAGGGGCGGAGCCUCCAAGCAGCAGCUCAACACAACACAUGACAACAGAAGCUGAUGGAGACCACUGUGGAGGAUCACAAGCAGACAAGCUCUUAGCUCCACUAUCAGAUAGUGAGGACAUAACGUCACACUCCUCUCAGGAUGAAGACGGGGCCAACAUCCAAGAGCCUUUGAGCAGCGACACAGAUUGGGAAGGUGACAUGUGGACUCACACAGACAACGGACAAUCGAAAUACUCUCAAAAGAGGACUCGUAAAAAACAUUUGGCCUGCUCGGUUUGUCCGAAAAAGUUUCCCUCAAAAAGUGAAUUGACUCGACACGUGAGAACGCACACGGGAGAAAAACCUUUUAAUUGCUCAGUUUGCGGUAAAAGGUUCUCUCAGAAAGGAACAAUUAAAUUACACAUGAGAACACACACAAGAGAGGAUAACAUGAGGACUCACACUGAUGACGAACCCUCCGAAUGCUCUCAAAAGAAAACCGGUAAAAAACAUUUGACUUGCUCAGUUUGUGCCAAAAGCUUUUCCUUUAAGAGUGACUUGACUCGACACAUGAGAACGCACACAGGAGCGAAACCUUAUAGUUGCACAGUUUGCGGUAAAAGAUUCUCUCAGAAAGGCACGAUAGCAUUACACAUGAGAACACACACGGGAGAAAGACCCUUUGUUUGUUCAGUAUGCGGCAAAAGAUUCUCCAACAGCUCAAACAUGGUAUCACACAUAAGAACACACACGUGCGAUAAACCCUUCCGAUGCUCAGUGUGCGAUAAAAGCUAUUGUUAUAAAAGGGACUUUGCUCGACACAUGAAAAUACACACGGGAGAAAAAACUUUUAGUUGCUCAGUUUGUGGUGAUAAAUUUGCUCACAAUUUCACCUUGGUGAGACACAUGAAAAAGCAUACUGGAGAAAAACCUUUUAGUUGUUCAAUUUGUGGUAAAAGAUUCUCUGAAAAGGCACACAUGCGAUCGCACUUAAGAACACACACUGGCGAAAAAUUAUUUGGUAAGAAACAUUUGACAACACACUUGUUGACAGCAAACCAGGAAUAAUAAUAUUCGGUCUACCGUAUUUUUCGGACUAUAAGUUGCAGUUAUUUUCAUAGCUUGGCCGGGGGUGCGACUUAUACUCAGGAGCGACUUAUGUGUGAAAUUAUUAACACAUUAGCGUAAAAUAUGAAAUAAUAUUAUUUAGCUCAUUCACGUAAGAGACUAGACGUAUAAGAUUUCAUGUGAUUUAGCGAUUAGGAGUGACAGAUUGUUUGGUAAACGUAUAGCAUGUUCUAUAUGUUAUAGUUAUUUGAAUGACUCUUACCAUAAUACGUUACGUUAACAUACCAGUUGGUUAUUUAUGCCUCAUAUAACGUACACUUAUUCAGCCUGUUGUUCACUAUUCUUGAUUCAUUUUAAAUUGCCUUUCAAAUGUCUAUUCUUGGUGUUGGCUUUUAUCAAAUACAUUUCCCCAAAAAAUGCGACUUAUACUCCAGUGCGACUUAUAUAUGUUUUUUUCCUUCUUUAUUAUGCAUUUUCGUAUAAGUCGUAGUCGUAUAACUACAAACCCCGUUUCCAUAUGAGUUGGGAAAUUGUGUUAGAUGUUAAUAUAAACAGAAUACAAUGAUUUGCAAAUAAUUUUCAACCCAUAUUCAGUUGAAUAUGCUACAAAGACAACAUAUUUGAUGUUCAAACUGAUAAACAAAUAAUUUUUGCAAAUAAUCAUUAACUUUAGGAUUUGAUGCCAGCAACACGUGACAAAGAAGUUGGGAAAGGUGGCAAUAAAUACUGAUUAUAUAUAUAUCUAUAUCUAUAUAGAUAUAUAUAUAUAGUAGUACUUCCGGGGCUGCGUCCAAUAAAGUUACAAAGUUGCCGGGGGUCCUUAACCCGCACGCGACUGUCCUGUUUCGCGCCUGUACAAAAAAAAAACAAUCAUCGAUUUCUUCAGAUUCCAGCAGCUGUCAAAGACGAAGUAUCCUUCCAGCGACGGGCAGUCAAAGCCGAAGUGCUAUCGAUCACUGUCAAUGACGUAAGAGGAAACAU